GACUUGCCACUAGCGUCAGAUUUCUAGUUUGUGUGUGCGUGAGUGCAGAGACGGAGCAGGGGGAGAGGUCCGCGCAGGUUUGGGAGCUUUGAAAAGAAGAAAGACUUAAACCUGUUACUACUGCUGCUACUGCUAAUACAGCCCGGGCGCAUUUCACUUUCUCCCUGCACGCUGACUUGUUCUGCGGGUAAAAAAGUUGGAAACGAAGCCAUGGACGCCGGGAUAACAUUCGAACGCGCGGUUCUCUCGUGCACCUUGCUGCUUUUGGCACUGCAAGUUUGCAGUGGAGCCGUGACUGUCAAAGUGACUCCCACAAUAGAAGUGAUCAAAGGAGAAAUGGCCAAACUGCCCUGCACGCACACUGUCUCCCCAUCAACAUCCAGCUCCACCAUAGUCGAAUGGUUCAUUGAGGAACUGGACGGGAACAGGAAGCGUGUUGCAUUCCGUCAGGGGGGCCAGAGUAAAACCGAUGAGGACACCCCUCUGUCUAAUCGCGGCUCUAUUGGAGAGGAUUUCACCUUGACCAUCACAUCUGUGCAGCCCUCAGAUGAAGUCAAAUUCUACUGCCAGGUCACCGCGGGACCAGCUGGAGUGGGGGAGGCUGCUACGGAGCUCAAAGUGUUCUUUACCCCUGAGAAACCGGAACUGACCAAGCCCUCCAGCCAAGCCAUUUAUGUGGACCAGGCGGCAAGCUCCGAGAUUGGCAGAUGUGUAACUAGGAACGGCCACCCUCAACCCAGGAUUAUUUGGUUCAAAGACGACCAGCCCCUGCCCGAGGUUAAGGACAGAGAGCAGAAGACUUACAUGGUUCCCUCGCUGGUGAAGGAGGCGUCAGGGCUGUUCACGCUCCACAGUAAACUCUACAUGAACCCCACAAAGGCAGACAAGGACUCUGAGUUCUACUGCAUGGUGGAGUACAAGCUGACAGGGGGACAGGUCAAACAGAAGAAGUCGGACAGCAUCAAAAUCAACCUCAACUAUCCUUCAGAGAGCGCCACCUUCAGUCUCCUCAACACCGCUCCAGUCAAAGAGGGCGACACUGUCACUAUGAAAUGUGAGACAGACGGAAACCCACAGCCCGAGUUUGAGUUCACUAAAGAUGAUAAAUCUAUCCAAGGAGAAGGUGGAAUGCUGGUUCUGAAGUCAGUGAAGCGCACAGAUGCUGGAACAUACCAAUGCACCGCUAUAGACUUUGACAACUUGGACGCCGAACUUAAUGGAAAAAUCAGCCUGUCAGUUGCCUACAUCGACCCAGUUAGUGUGACCCCGACCGAACCUCAAGUGGUAAUGCUCGGAGACAAAGUGGAAUGGCAGUGCAAGACUAAAGGAUCCGCCCCACACACAGUUCAGUGGAAGAAGGGCUCUGAGGUGUUGUCCCAGGAUGGUACUCUGUCCAUUCAGGAGAUUUCGUAUGAAAAAGCAGGAGAGUACAUGUGUGUAGGAGCUGUGCCCUCCGUCCCUGGACUAGAGAGCCAUGCUAGUGUCAACCUCACUGUCAAAGGAAAACCAAUGAUUGAGACGCCCGCCAUUGGAGAGGUCGCAAAGGAAGGUGACAUGGUGACUCUCAAGUGUGCAUCAUUUGGCUUCCCAGCACCGCAGUUUACCUGGAAGCCUGCAGGAAAAGAGUCUGUAAUGGUGGAAAACAACAAAGUGGUGAGCUCCUUGACGCUUCAGGCCACUCCCGAUAUCAUGAAGUCCGGCGUUUCCUGCGAAGUCAAAAACGAACACGGCACCGACCAAAAGAUGAUCUCAGUAGCCCUAAAAAGAGCAGCUAACAACAACGCCGACAGAGCCGACAUGCAGCAGGGAGGCUCCAGCUCGGUGGUGAUCGCGGUGGUGGUUUGCGUCCUGCUGCUGCUGCUUCUCGUGGCCCUCCUCUACUUCCUCAGCAAGAAGGACAAGCUCUCCUGCGGCAAGAAGGACAAGAAGGAAGUGGCCACUGGAGAGGUCAACAAUGACAUUGUGGUGGAGAUGAAGACAGAGAAAGCCCAUGAAGAGUCAGGUCUACUCAAAAAGAGACCGUCCACUGAGCAGUGAUGCAUUGGGACAGUGAACGCAACUAGCGGAGGGAUGAAGGGAACGUGGAGGUUUGAAGAGGCUAUUUUUAUUUCACUUGAGGAGAACCAGGGGAUGGCAAAAGGUGGAACACUGGACCCACUGCUUUUUGCUCAUAAGACUGUGGAAUGUUCACAUUAUAGUUUGCAUUGCAUGUGUUAAACCUGGACUAGAUCUGCUGAGUGGAGCUUUUUGAAUGUUUUUUUUUUUUCUUUUUUAAAUUCACCUCUACUCCAGGUUUGACAAAAUAUUGCGACCACACGGAUCAUAACCACUGCUUUGUUUUGAUUUGUGUUUCUGAUCACACUCCUUUUACAAGAGAUGACUGAACUUGUGUCACUUAUCUGCACUUACUGUACAAUGUGUGUUAUGUACAUACACAAGGCAUGUUAUAGGGACAAAAUCACAGGUUGCCUUUUUGUUUAUCGGCCAACGUAAAUGUAAUCCAACUUCCAAUCUGAAAAUUCUUGAUAUCUGCUUUCCCCCGUAGUUUUUAUUUUACCAUUUACCCAUUGUUAACUCCGUUGUUGUUCCUUCCAAAACGUCCCAUAUUGAAAGCACAGCCAAAAAUUCAACUAGCUACAAGUUGUACAUGAUUUUGCCAUUUUGUAUAUUGUGUUACAUUGUUUUGUCAAAUUAUAAUGCUCCUGACUCCUGUUUAUUGAACACUGUGUAUGACUCAAGACACAUUUUUACUUGUUAUGGUUCAAAUUGGGUUGAUACAGGGUUAAAUGGGUAAUUACAGAUAUUUUGUUUAUUUUCUCCAUUAUAAUGUGCACUUUUUAUAUGAUUGAUAAUAAUAAUAGGAUAAUUCUAGUAGUGCCUCCUUUUAUUCCAUUAGGUUAAUUUACCAACCUGUAGUAGGUUGGUAAAUUAACCUACUACUACUAUGUGUGUCACUACUAUGUCAACGACCACCCUGUUAGAAAUAUAAAUAAAACCAGGCUGUUCUAAGGCACCACCAAUUUGAACUUAUUUAGGGUAAAAUAUACAAUAGAGUUUAGUAUUUUGUGCAUUAUCAACUAUUCCAUACCAACCCAAUUUGUACCACUCCAGUUACAAUGUGGCUUAAAGUCAAUCAAACUAUCUCAGACUGUAUACGGGAUACUGGUUAAACCAUCACUGUUACAAGCACAUUACAAGAGAACCAAGUAUUGAUAAUUUUACAAAUCAUUGUUUUUGUUUAGUUUUAGAGCCAGGCAGCAAAGUAUGCAUUUUGUAAUUUAAAUUUUUUACCAAAUGAGAGAGUUACAACAUGAUGGUACGUAUGUUUUUUCUACACUGUCAACAGGCCAGUGGGUAUGUUCAAGUGAAUGUGGCCUUCAAAUUAUGUUGUACACUGGAGCGUAUUUUUAUUAUUAAACUUCUCUCUUCCUAAAUCGUGUAUUGCUGCCGUAAUGACUGUUAGCAAACCUGUGAAAAGUAGCAGGCGACAAUAGAACUUUUAUGUUUUGUAUAAGAUAUUGUGGUUUGGCAUUUUUUUCUAGAAAGGGGAUCUUAAUAAUUAUGGAACUACUGAUGUUUUAAUUUUCCAGAUUUUUUCCAGAGAUUUUUAUGGUAAAUUUCGGAAUUCUUCUUUUGUAUGCGAUAUCCUCAGUGCUUUACUUCUCUGUUUUUACUGGAUGCUGUACAUUUUGUGGUACAUUGUUGUGACCUCUGGUGUGUUUAUGUAUCUUUAUCAUGUUUUUGUUCCAGCUGUGUAGAAUUUAUAAUGAAAAACCCAAGAAAACCAAUCACACACUAAAA